AAGGGAAAUCACUUGCAAAAUAAAACGAAUCCAUUGAGCCAUUGAGUAGGUCUGAAGAAUCUCUUUUGGAACGCUUGGUCUUGGUUGUGCUUGGAUGUCCAAGUUUCCAUGGGCACUGACUGUGAAGGAUGAGGGCAGCAUAUGCCUCACUCUCAGAACAUAGAACUCUGAAUCAGCCUUGUUGACUUGACCACCUUCAGACUUUGUGUUUAGCUCACUGUUUACUACACUAUGAUACCAUAGACUAUGACAUAAAGAAUAGUAUUGUUCUAAUCGUACUUUCAGUAGCCAAGACUCUGAUGCUACUUUUUUCUCAUGAUUUAUGGCAAUGAUAAUUUCUUAAUUUCGUAAUAAUUUCAUACUACGGAAAUGAAUGAUAUAAUGGCAAAGAGUAGAAAAAUGAGUUACAAAUCAUGGCAGCUGGAGCAGAAGACCUUGGAUUAGAAAUAUGAAUUUCCUUUAAGAAAAAUAAAUACAGUGUGAGGGCCUCUGGUAACUCAUUGCUAUCUUUCAUAAUGCAUACCAUCCACCAGAUUGCAAAAUAUUCAAUGAAAAAACGAAAGCGGAGCUUUUUGUCAGUGCUGUGCUGUGUUAUGAUCGUGUAUGCUGGUGUCCAGUUCAUGUAUCUGAAUGAUGACUACAGCCCACUCCAGCUUUUGUCAAGCGUGGAAAAUGAAGCCACCCGUUUAAUGAGAUUCAUGGGUCAAGUCCAUUUGCAGUGCAAUGUCUCUCUGCCCACUAACAACGCCAGCACUUGGGUCCUGUGUCUUGACCAGGAUGUUGGUCUCCAUUUAUGGAGUGACGAGACAUACAAAGAUGGAAUUGUGUACUCAAUAGGACCAUCUCCUGACUUCAGUUUUGAAAGAAUGGUGGCUGACAAUUUGUCUCACCAUUUGUACAUCUUCUCUGCGCCAGUACCUUAUAGAAACCAACUUAUUCGCAUCAGCAACACUACCAGCGUUUUUAAAGUCAACAUAGUUCCCAAUGACCCAGCCGAUUUUGCCCGCAACUCGUUUGACACUCAAACUUUGAACUCGGUGAUGUCCACCUUGAAGCAUGGCCAGAUUGAUGUUCUGAAGUUAGACAGCAACGUAGAGGGCGUACAGUCAUAUGAUGUCCUCCGCUUCCUGGUAGAGGAUGGUAUCCUCAAAAAAGUCAAGGAGUUGCAUAUUGUCCUGAAAUUAGAUAAAGUGGAGGAGGAUGACAUCUACAGUUGGUACCGUGCCCUGUAUGGACUUUUUCACACAGCUGGGUUUCGUUUGUACCACUCUUCUACCUCCGACCCUCUGUGUCUCCAAGCGACAAUCAUGGAAUCUUGUAUUUAUUAUAUGUCCUGGGUGAGAAAACCCCCGCCUCACAUCCUGGUCAUGUACCCGCCAGCAAUUGAUGGUUCUCUCCACAAUGAAGAAGAUCGCAUGGUUAAUUUCUUAGAGCAGUCAUCUUCUCAGGACCAUAGAUUUGUGCCAGUGCCCUUCAACUCAGGGGGACAGGGAAUGAGUAUCUUCAUGCCUUUGACCUUGGCUCCUCGCAAAUUUCGAGCAAGCUCAGUUUUCUUUUUUCAAGGCCAGAAUGAUAUGCCUGUGGAGUCUGUGCCAGGUUCCAAAGGUAUCCACUGCCAGGCCUACACACUCAGCUAUGAGAUUACAAAUGGCAACUCUCUCACAGUGUACCAGCGUAGACAGUCGUCAUCCAGAGAAGAAGCAAAAUGGGAAGAACUGACCACGUCAACAUGGCUGAAGCUGCUAAAAGAGUCGGGUGCCAACAUUUUGGUCCUUAACAUAGUCCCAGGCUGGACACUGUUGUCUCAACUUUCAUAUCAUGGCAUUCCAAAGUACCUGGAUGAGGUUGUGAUCAAAGAUCCCAUGUUCUCUGCCGGCUCAGCCGUCAAGCAGCAGCCUAUGUAUUUGCGCAGGAAGUACAGCGAGAUGAAGAGGCUGGAGGAGUUCGGUCUGCGGCUGACUCAAGUUGGCAAAUUUCCGGAGAACACGCUCAAAUUUGGGACACAGGAAAUGUACUGGCUUUACUUUGUGAGGAAGACUGUACUCUGAUGUUGAGUGGUCCCAGUGUUGUUUCAUGUCUUUAUUGUCAGUUGAAUCUAUAGAGGCCAGCAUUUAGCCUAAAAGGCAUCAGUACUUUGCCAUAGCACAGAUGAAGAUGGAACCCUAUUGGCGUACAGGCAGGAUGGGACAAAUGAUUUUAAAUAAAACAGUUCCUAUGAAUAUGAUAUGCUCCACAUGGUUAUCUUGAUAGUAAAAGGCUUUUAAUUUCGUGUCCAUACCACUGCUGUUGAGCACAAAAAGACAUGAAUUAUUGUAUAUAUUUAUACAUGUGUACUGACAGUGCAAUUGGAACAUACUUGUUAUACAUAUAUUUAUGGAAACUUUUGGCCCAUCCUGUGUAUGAACUCGUGGUUUAUAUAUUUAUUCUGUGCUCCUCACAUACCUCACAGGUAUGACGUGCUGUGCUUUAUGGAGAGAAGCUUAAGAAAACGCCAGGAAAAACAGCAAUAGUUAAAAUGUUCUCAAGUUUGUGCCUUUGGGCGAAUUUAUUUACAUUGUACUUUUAAUUCAAUAUUUCUGAAUUUUGAAAUGAGCAGGGCCUUUUCUCGCCUAUCGUGUUACUACAGUUAAACAACAGCAUUGUUUCAACAACAUAUCAUGCUCUUGAAACAGAAUAAUGUGGGGACUGUGGGAGAAGUUCUACCCAUAAAAAAAUUUAGAUGCUUGAAUAGUGUAUUGUGGUGCAGUACCACCUAACUUUCAUAACAUGCUGUGCUAUGUUGGUAGAGAAGCCACUGGUGUGUGCUCUAUGGGCUUCCACAGCUUCUCACGUACAGCCAGGAAGCGCAUGUGAUGCCAUGCUUUAUGUAUUUUUAAUCUCUGUAGGCUUUGUAAUGUGGGUGAAGUCACUAUGUUGUAUUUAUGAUGUGAGAGAAAGGGUUUGUAGUUGCUUCAAAGUGUGUCCUCCUCUUAGAAUGAUCACAUUAAGUUUAAUGUGAUUUGAUAUACAUGUGUAUGGGAACAUGAAUGCAUAUAUGCCUUGGGGUAAGUUUGUCUCUGAAUGUAUCUUUUUAUGGUUUAGUUUGUGCAAUGGUAAAAUGAUAAAAUGUCUUUAAUACUUUCACUACCAGUAUUGUCCUUGUUCAUAUACAUGCACAUUCACAAAGCUUCAUUACAUAAGCGUCUUGUAAACCUCCACUUUGAUUUUCACUCCACCUGUCAAGAACUUUUGAGCAAUGUCCAAAAUUAAGCUGAAAUUGUGUUAUGUUGUGUGUGGAAAUUUAAAGAUUUGAAAGUACCUAAAUGUUUUGUGAAGAGAUAAAUAUGUUUUGAUUUAUAAGAACUUCUAAGCUGCUUUUUUUUUUACAACCAUAAAUGAAAAAGAGGAAUAAGACCAAAUGGUUCCAAAGGAAAGGGCAAAGGUGCAAGAUUCAGUCACUUUUCAUAUCUCCGGUUAUCACUGAUUGUUAUCGUACUAAAUGGGCUUCCUAAAUCCUGAAAUCACUCAUCUACAGAUGAAGCUAUUGUGCCACAGUAUAAGAUAGGAUGAUUUGAAUCUCGAUUAAAUGCCUAGUUAUUUUUACGUGAUGUUUUUCUUCGACUGUCAGAAUGAUAUAAUGGUGCGAAUGAUAUAUUGAUAUGAAAUUAAUGUCGUGUAAACUUGCGUUCUUUAUCUCAGUUUAUCUGUGGGAAGUUGGUGCUGAAAAAAGGGACAGUUAAUGUACUACUGUGACUGCAAAGAGAUUCAUUCUCAUUCCAUGAUGAGCAUUUUUUUCCCCAAAGUAUGAGAAAUAAAGAAUGACAGAAAAUAUCAGGCAUAAUCAUUUUGAACAAAAAGUACUUCAUCAAGCAACUGUAAAUAAAAACUCACAUUAUCAUCUUCUGAAUCACUUUUAAGUCUCCAUUUGUUGAUCUCUUUGGUCAUCAUCGACGGAUUGUUACAGGCACAGUUGCUAUCUGACUUCAUAGAAUCUGCUGUGUUUUGCUGGUAGGUUCCUGUUGCAGCAGGAAAUCAGUGAAAAGGACCACAAAACUGACAUUAGCUCUCGUCUCCUCUUCGUAGAUGAAAGCGAAAAUGUUGGAAAUUAGUCUAGAAAAGAGUUUAAUAGAAAUAAAAGCAAAGUGAACAUGGUGCCAACAAUGCAGGGACAGACUCCGUUCUCCCUGCACUUGAGUGACCAUUGUUGAUGCUGUUUGAGAUGAAAUGGGGAGAAUGAGUUGAAUAGAUUGGUAUUACUUCCACAUCCUACAAAUUUGGUCUCUUGAGGAAAUAUGCGAGUCUUUCGGGAAGAUGCGGUGCUGUAAGCCAUGGGGAAGUCACUCUGUUCUGUAUUAUUAUAUGUCCUUCACGUUUGAUGUAAAUUAUUUUUUGUUUGUUUGUUUGUUGGGGAGGGGUUUUUUUUUUUUCUUGUUUUUUUUUUGGGGGGGGGGGGUAAUUGUCUUUUGCAGGCAUUUUAAUAAGUUAUUUAUUUUAUAUUACUGUUCAGUGCAAUGUACUUUUCAUUAUGUCGCUGAUGGUCUUGUUUAUUUUGUGAAUUGUUAUUGUACAUGUAUGUUUUAGGGGACAAUAAUUAGAACUUGGUGGGCUGGAAGUAUUUAUUUUUUCAACAGAACAGUUUAGUAGAAGUGAAAUGGUCUUUGCUGUGUUUUUGUAUUACUUUUAGUUUACAACAUUCUCAGUUAUUUACCGUCAUGUGGAGGAAUUUGUCUCUUUUUCAAACCCUCUGAUUCUCUUCAAGACCAAUGUUCUGUGAGACUUACUUUAUUAUAUUUCUCCAAAAUUAUUUUCUUCACAACCAUGCAUCAUAAUGUGCACCAUUUCAUGGCUUAUACUUUUGCAAAUGUUUUGUUGUUAUUGCUCUUCAUAUCCUGCGGAGUCACAGAGUCAUUGUCAGCAGUCUUUUUGCAUCCAGUUGUUUAGUGUACAGUGGAAUCUGCUCAAACCUACAAAAAUAAAAGUAUUACAAGUUUUCUACAGGCAUUUUUUCUUAAGUUUUCUUAUUGCAAUCUAUUUCAAAGAAAAUUCUAUGUACCAUGUUCUCUCCUUAAACCGAAGUUUGCUGAAUGGCAGAUUUUCCUCAGCUUGGUCAAGUUUUCGGUUUAGAGAGAGAUUCCUCAAAUAGAAAUAGAAGAGGAAAAAAACUACUAGGGAUUUCAUUUUCUUUCGGUUUACUGCUUUUUUUGGAUUAACCAAGUUCAGGUUAUCCAGACUCCACUGUAUAUAAAAUGUGGCCUGUUACUUUUUGUUUGAUCAAAGACAGGAGUUAUUUUAUGCAAGAUUAUUUGAAGGAGACUCUGCUAUCUUCCUCUGCACUAUGUCUGCAAUUCCAGCUACAUUGUGAAUUUUUAAAAAAUUAAAUGUGUAAAACACUUAACUUUCUCCUUUUCAACCCAAAGCCUCUCAAUGUUCUUUUCACCUGCCCUAUAAGCAGGUAAAUUCAAGUAGUUGGUGCUGUGCAGCUAUGGACCUUUUAACUUGCCAGCUUCCUGAUACGUAUUGUAGUUAAUCAAAAUUUUACCUACUUUGCAGUGGGCACGUAAACAGUAUUUGAAUUGCCCUGGCUAAAGAAGAUCAUGUAUGAACAACAUUGUACAACGAAGAAAAUCAAAUCAAAGUUCUCGUUCCCUUAUCCCCAGUUCUCACUGCUGGUUUUCAAGUAUUGCUGGCAGCUGGUCUGCAUUUUUUCCUUUCUCUCUACGGCCAUUUUUAAGUAGAUAUGUCAUGUAGCCCCACGUAUGUAUCAUUUAUAACUUUUAAGAAAUUGUUUAAACUGUAAGACUGCUCCUGUGUGGAUAUCCAUGUUUUGUUUGAAAGUUGUGAAUAUUGAUUUAACGGGCACAGUUAAUGGAUAAUUAUUUAUUGUCGUAUUUUUCGAACCGUGUAACUGCAUUAUAAAUAGAAAAGCAGGUACAUUUUGUGCUCAUAAUUUUCAUUAUUUGUGUGCGUGAUCAUACAGUGAGACUGUGACAGAAGCAGUUGCUCGUAAAUCAAAAAAGCAUGUGUGAUGAUAGCGAUAUUAAUUUUUAUAUAUAUAUAUUGCUAGUGUGCAUAAAUUUGUAUGAGUGAGCAUUUGGUUUCAAGUUUUUAACUAUGGCAGAUAAAAAUGUAUUAUUGUUGGUGUCAGAUGCAAAUGGGUCAUGUCCAUGCAAGCUAAUUUUUCAGGAGCAAAAAAACUGCAUACUGCAUUACAUUUAGGAAAAAAAUGAAAAUUUGGUCACUAUGAUUUGUAAAUGUGUUUGAGGAAUAUAUGUUUGCAUUGCAUUAAGUUUGAUAUUACACCCCCUUUUGGAAGAUUUUAUGAACGAAACAAAGGUGUUUAAAAAAAGAAAUCUCAGACACGGCCACUUUGCUCCUGACACUAUUGUUAUGGUACUAUUGGAUCGUAGAAUAAAUACUUUUUAUUGUGGAGAAACUCCAAAAAAA